AUGGGAAGUACAGCCUUCAGAUUAACGAUGUCUGCGCAGCAAAUUCCACUGCAGUUCAUGCCUCAGCAGCUGCAAGCUGGCGACAGAGAUGAUUGGACAGGCAUAACUGACCCUAAGGAGAGGAAAAAGUUGCAAGAUCGGGUCAAUCAAAGAGCCAGGCGGCAGCGGAAAAAGCCUAAACUCCUGGUAUAUUCCGCACCAUGCAGGCCAGCACGCCACGAUUCAGGAAACACCAUCCUAAAUAACCCGCAGCUUAAUCUGCUUAGGCAAGAUCAAUUGGUGCAGAACAGUCGCUCUCCGCUACUAGACAAGAUAGUCUCCUUUACGGCUUGUCAGCCAGAUUCCAUGGAGACGGAGCAGUUCAUCAAUCAGUUCUCGUCAUGGAUAUCACAGCGCUAUGAGCAAAGAUGCCUGGACACCGAACCUCUCCCAGGCCUCGUCCAGUUCAAUAUUACACGAUCCCUAGUGGUUAAUGCAAAACUUCUUGGAUACACAUCAGAGCGCAUGGCACCUAGCGCUCGAUCCUCGCUCACAUCACUGAGUAUCAGCGAGUCGUACUUCCACGCCUUCCCAGCCAGUCUGCAACCCACCGCUCUGCAACGCAAUGUCCACCAUCAUCCAUGGAUUGACCUCUUACCUGUGGCCGAACUUCGUGAUAAUCUACUGCGUCAACUUGAGACUACGUAUAAUGCAGCGCAGCUUUGUCGCGAUAUGCGAGGUUUACAAGUCGUAAGCAGCGGGCACGGUGAUGUGAUUGUAUGGGGAGAGCCAUGGGAUCCGCACGGUUGGGAGGUGACCGAAGCAUUUGUGCAGAAGUGGCCUUGGGUUGUUCGUGGCAGUCGUAGCUUGCUUCAAUCGACAAACUACUGGCGCGCACAAAGAGGCGAACCUGCCCUGUCCUUCCAGAGCUAUCCCGCAGCGAAUGGUGGAGCUAACCCGCGCGUCCAUGAGGUUGAGGAGCAUCUGGGAUCACCCGCUUGA